AAUCGACGGUACUAUUGUGCACUCUGUCCAACAAUUUCAUAAUGAAAAUUCUGACUCCGUCGCGCAAUUCUCUGCAAAAAUGUGACUUCACUCUAAGAAGAGAAGGUUCAGAUUCGUGUUUCUCUCGCCGGAACUGGAAAGUUAUGGCUGCAAUUUGCAUUCGAGGUGGAAUGAUGCAAAGCAUUCAAGAAUCGUUUGGCGUGAGGUAUAAGAAUCAGUGUUUGAUAAAGCUGCUUGUUUAGUAAAGAUAUCAUGGACCAGAAGUAUCAAUUACCUUUCAAGGUAGGGCAAACAGCUGAAGCAAGGUGUUUGGAGGAUGGAUAUCGUGGAGCGUGGUUUCAGUGUAAGAUACAGGAGAUAAGCUGCAGAGGAGGACAUUGGAGUGCCUUAUUGCAAUACUUUGACUAUCCAGAUGAAAAAUGGGCAUGGACAGAGCUAUAUCAGAUGGGGCAACUGAUGCUGCGACCUGAGUAUCCUCCAGUCCAUUUGAAAAACAUAGUGUCUGAUGUCAGCUCAAAUUCGGAUGUAACUGUUGUUGUUGAUGGUACUUGGAGGGAGGGCGAUUUGGUUGACUGGUUGUACGAUGACUGUUAUUGGUCCGGACAAGUGACAAAGUUACUUUACAAUGGUAAAGCUAAGAUUAAGUUGUUGCCACCUCCAUUGGGUGAAGGUGAAACUUAUGACGCCUUUGUCAAGGAUUUGCGUCCAUCCUUAGAUUGGUCUCCGGAGUGUGGUUGGGUUAUGCCUACAUCACAGGUUCUUUCAAGUUCUUGCCAAUAUCCUCAGCUACUUAAACUUGUUAGUCAAGGACAUGCUAUAGUUAAAGGGAGAAGGGGCAGACAGGCAAGAACUGGAUCGUCGUCAAACUCAUCUUUCUAUACUCGUUUGUCUGGUUACCUACAAAGGGACGUCACAAUUUCAAAAGAUGCUGCAAACAGAUCAAACGACAUGUUAAAAGAAACCACAUCCUAUGCAUCUUCCUUUGCUCAUAGCUCUGCAAAAUUUUUACCUGCCUUGGAUGAUAAAAGGGGCUCUGAAUCCAAAGAGUUACUUGAUCAAUUUUCAAACAUUGCUGAACUAAAAGAAGCUGCAAACAUUUCUUCUAUUAGAGAUGAUGCAUCAAAAAGUGUUGGGCCUACUGAUAUGGAUCAAAAAGUGUUGGGCCUACUCAACAAGUUUAAAACCAGUGGUGAAAUUCCAUUCAAUUCGUUGGAGUCCGAUGAAUUGGAGGAAGCAAUUCUUGAUUUAGAGGAACUUGCAAACAAAAUCAGUCGGCUCAAACAGCUUAUGGAAUCUAAAAGACCUCUGUCUGAUGGUGUUACACCUUCAUGGAAGUUUGUAAAACACUAUGGAACAUCAACAAAGAAUUGAUGGCUUCGGAAGUUUGGCUUGAUCCUUCCUGUCUUUGAGCUAGGAUACGAUUGAGAGAAACACAUCCUGAAGAACUUGCUUAGA